UUAUUACUGGUGGGUGUACAGUUUAUGCAUGCGUAUGUCCUGGAUUACACUACUGCCUGGAAGCAAAGCCACAGAAUUCUCCUGCACCUCAUCUAUACAUCUGCAUAUUUGCCUAUACAUUGCAUGUGCUGAUCGUCAGCGCUUCGUACGCCAGUGACGCGUUGAGUCAUGUGACACCGCUGCUGGUGACGUAGAGCGUGAGAUUCUUUCUCCGUCUCUCGCACACAGAGCUCGACUGCACAUAAACAAGAGCGAGGGCCUUUGUGAUACACUCCUCGGUAUUACUGCACAGGUCUACUUGAGUUUUAUUAAAUAAGUGUGUGGCUGCUACAGCCACGCGUCUCUGGCGGGAUUUGACACAUGAGCGCGGGUUGAUGUUCUGAGGUUUGAAGCACAUAGAGGACACAAAAUACUUAUAUUGAACUGAUGGUCAUGUCCAUCACCAGGUUUUCAAUCGAUGGUCUAUAAGAUUGGAUAACCAUAAUAAUUACUUUGGUAUCUCACUAGAGACUGGCUAUAAAGAGCCAUGGCUAGCAGGAGAAAGUCCACCAUUCCAUGCAUGAUUCCUGUAAAGACCAUACGUCUGCAGGAUGACAAUGAACCGGACAGACUGUGCCCUUCAACCAAGGACAUUGACUUCUCCUUCAGGGAGGUGUCAAGUAGAAAAAGUAGUCCUAGAUUGGGUGAGUCCUCUGGGCAAGAAACAGGUGAUACUCAAAAAGAGGUUGGCACUUACACUUGCAGGCCUUGCAACUUUGAGUCCAAGGACCUAAACCUUUUCCUUGAUCAUGUCUACAGUCGGCACCCAGAUUUCCUCUUUGACCCCUGUUUUCUUUGUGUGGAUUGUGGAUUAAGUGCUGCAAAGUUUGAGGGCUUAGCACUGCACAAUGCCCGUUUCCAUCCCAGUACAAUAACCACCAACCUUCAGCUCAAGAAGAAGGAAAACAGAGUUCAGGUAGAGCAGACUCUUACUAUUGGAACUUCUGAAUACACUAGCUCUAAAGAAACCGAGAUUUCCAUCACCAAGACACCAAUCAUGAAAAUGCUGAAGGGUAAAUCAGAACCCAAAAGGAUUGUAGUUUCUCAUGCCACCACGGAUAAUCCUCCACCUUCUAUUACUAAAUCAGUGGAGAAAAUGGACUCUCCUGCUGUUUCAGUCACCCAUGUGCCCACUAUUGUACACAACGGAGCAGCUGGCAAAGUCGCGCUACCAUCAGCCAUACAGAUUGUUAAUGGCUCUGGGGCUUUACCCAUGCUGAAGACGGCUGUUACACAAGUUGUAUCUGUUGUGCAGAACAGAAGUCUCAAUCAACAAUCUGCUCCAAUCGCUGUCUCCUCUUCACCCUCCUCUGUGACCUCCUCAUUGUCAAGUACCAAAAAUCUUCCAAAAGUUAUGAUCCCUCUCAGCAGCAUUCCUACCUACAAUGCAUCCAUGGACAAUAGCAGUUUCUUAAAGACAUCCUUUAGCAAGUUCCCUUAUCCAACCAAGGCUGAGCUGUGCUACCUUACAGUAGUCACCAAGUGCCCCGAGGAGCAGAUAAAAAUCUGGUUUACUGCACAGAGGCUGAAACAAGGAAUCAGCUGGUCUCCAGAGGAGAUUGAGGAUGCCCGCAGAAAGAUGUUCAAUACAAUCAUACAGGUGGCACCUUCUACUGGGCACCAGCAUCGACAGACCCAACAAACCACAUCUCAGCCAACUAUCACAGUUCUGGGUACAGCUGGGAUCUCUCACAUCUUACAAGGUAGCCUGGUUGGGCAAGGAGGAGUGAUUGUAACCCAGCCUAUGAUGGCUAACGGAAUUCAGGUCAGCAGUGCUCCUAUCACACUCGCCGUAACACCCAAGCCUCAGGCUGCUGCAAAGCCUAUGAUGCAGGCAAGACCCGCUGCAGCCCUUGUGGCCGAAAAAGGAAUCAGCAUGGUUUUAGGCACUGUUGGUAGCAGCAGUAGUGGAAAUUGCAGCAGUAGCAGCAAUGCUAGUACUAGCAGCAGUUCAAGCAGUAUUAGAAGUACUAGCAGCAUAAGUAGCCAGGCUAGUGUAAUCAGUAUUGGUGGCAGUAGCACUGCCAAGUCAAAUGGCAACAGCAAUAUUAAGGUCAAAACAAAUGGUACUAAUGACACUCGUGUUAAAAGCAAUGCUAAUAUUGUGAAAAGUACUAGUGAGGGUAAAGGCAACAAUAAUGACACCAAGAGUUUGAGUGACCGUUUUGCCAGUCCACCCGACAAUGCCACCACUUUUAUAUCUACACUUACCACAGAUAGCACAACACCAAGUAAAUCGGACUCCUCAUCUCCGAUCUCAAUGAACUCUCGCAUUUUCUCCACUGCUAACUUCCUAGACCCCAGCUUUAGCAAAGCCAAAAAGUCCCAGGUACAGCUGGCAGCCUUAAAGGAGAGCUUUCUUCUUAGCCAGUUUCCGAGUCAAGAGGAAGUAGACCGGCUUAUCAGCCUAACUGGUCUGUCUGUGCGUGAGGUACGGAAAUGGUUCAGUGACCGCCGCUACCACUUCCGGAAUCUGAAGGGUUCAAAGUCAAGUGCUGGUGGUCCAACUGGAGGAGCUAGUGGUAGCGUUUCCCAACUUGAUACAUUUGCUGCUAUAGACUUGUCAGAGAACAGUACACCCCCAGAGAGGCCCAAAACUCCCCAGCUGUCACCUCUCAGCCCCACGCACACAUCAUCCCCACCAACCCCUAACCGACGUCAUCCACGACCUCCAUCACCCGAUUUUACUGCUAUACGGUACAAAGAACGGGAGCCUCACCAAGUCCGCUCUUUAGAGGCCAGCUUUGCACAGGACCCAGAUCCACCAAGUGAAGAAGUUGACCGGUUGAGGGCGGAAACAAAGAUGACUCGUCGUGAGAUCCAUGGCUGGUUUGCUGAGCGGCGGAGGAGGGUGGCAGCAGAGAAGAAGAAACAGGAAGCCGAGAGAGUGGAAAAGCAAGAAGAUAAUGAGGAAGAGGUAGAACAAAAAGAGAAAACAAGCAAUCAGGAGAUUCUUGAAGCUAAAGAUCUCUCCUUUGAUACAAAACAAGGCCAAGAGGAAAAACGGAUGGAUGAGACUGGUUCUGAGCCAAAAGUUAACCCUAUCAAGAUCAAUCUCAAAAUGCUGAAAGUUACUGAAGCUAAUGGAAAAGUUGAGCCAGAGGAAGGUCAACUGCCCCAGAUCGAGGCUAAUAUAGUGGUGCAAUCCAUCUCUCCGACUGCUGUUGCUCAGAAUUCCCCAUACCGAGGCAAGAAAACACCCGAACAGCUCCACCUACUUAAGCAAGUCUUUGCACGCACCCAUUGGCCCAGCAGUCCCCAGUACAAUGAACUGAUUGCUAAAACUGGCCUAUUGCGACCAGAAGUGGUACGUUGGUUUGGAGAUUGCCGCUAUGUCCUGAAGAAUGGUCAGCUCAAGUGGCUCGAGAGUUACCAGACUAUGGUUGAUGAAGAAGACUUCCAGAAAGCUAACAUUAGUGUGUUGAAGGAGCACCUGGAUGCCCAUGGUAAACUAGAUGAGAGUAAAAUGGAGGAGAUUGCCAAAUCAAGUGGAUUUGGUGAGGAAUCAAUCCGGCGGUGGUUUGCAAAUAAAACGGCCCUUUUAUUGGAGGAUAAAAAGUCUGAGAACAUGAAAAGCAUCAUGUCUGAAUCAUCUACAGCAGCAACCCCAACUGAAGCUGCUCUAACAUUACAGCAUCCAGACCAAGAUGCAAAUGCUGAGCAAUCAGUAAGCAAGGAUCAAACCACAAAGUCGACAGUUGAAGCAUCCACUAAUGAGUCGGACUGAAGAGGAAUGUGGAAACAUCAAUGUGUCCAAGAGCAGAGAUGUCACCCCAUGGGAUUAUUGCACAGAAGACCUUUAUUGGGACUAUACUUUUUUGGGGGGGUGUCAGAUAAGAUUAUGAUCUCUCCACAAAUUAAUAUUUUUUUUAUUUUUUAACCAUCGGAUACAUGGUGUAGAUAACACCCCAAACACAACCAGCUGCUUUUUUUUAUAUAUAUAUGGACAGAACAGAGAAAAUAGACUUUGGCCUCAAAAUGAGAUGCACCUGAAUGGAUAUCCACAGUUUUCUUAGAUGUUAUUUCCUUGCUGUACAUGUGGAAAAGUGACUUUUAAGGGACUUAAAGUGGUACGAAAUGCAAACUGCACAACUCCCAUUGAGCUCUUUUGUAAUUCUUAAAUAUGACUGACAAUAUUGCACCUCAGAGGGGUGUGGCUGUAUGCUGCAUGUGAAGCAUCAAUACCACAGCACGCCGUUUUGUCUGAAAUUUCAUAGAGCAAAAUAACUAAAAUCAUGACUAUCAGUGUCAAAACUGUUUCACCUGUGUGAAUGUGUAGGCUAUGAUUUUUUACAAAUAUUAUUUACAGAAUAAAUAACUUUUG